GAACUGAAAGGGUUUAUGGUCAGAUGGCAUAUAUUAUGCUGCAAUUAUCUAAGCAUUCUUUUGUCGAGAUAGGCUGCAUCGGUAAAGCUAACGAUGAUGAUGAAUUCGAUGAUACGUGGGUAGUCAAGCAUCGUCCGCUUACCUUUAAUAUGAACGAGCUCGUUCAAUUGGGUGGGGUGUCACCAGACUUACUUCCCCAAAGCACGUUCAAAACAGCCUCAUUGUACUACCAAGCACUAGCUGAGAUGCGCAUUCUCCACUUGACUUCCCAACGAAACGAUGCAAAUGAUUCCGCGGAAGACCGUCGAACCAAGUACAUCGCACGAUGUCUGUUCCGCAAGAUCACUCGCGCAUAUCAGCUUUGCGAAGACGACGCUGGCCCAUUUAAAUUGUUCUGUGAUGACCCCAGACCUGGCAACGUUCUAUCAAAUGCACAGCAUCGGGUGACCGGCGUGGUGGAAUGGGAGUUCACCUACGCAGGCCCCACAGGGUUUGCUCGCAGCCCGCCGUCCUGGUUACUACUCGAGCUUCCAGAACUCAGGAAACAGGGUUUAGAUGAUUGGACAGCAAGAUAUUAGAAGGUGCUGCCGGUGUCUUUGAAAGUGUUGAAGGACAAAGAGCAAGCAGCAAUUGACCGAGGAAUCAUAAAUGAGAAUGAUAGACUGUCAGGACAUAUGCUCAGAAGCUGGGAAAGCGGUGACUUCUGGCUGAACUACGCCGCGAGAAAGAGCUGGGCGUUCGAUAUGAUACACUGGGCGAAGAUCGAUCGGAGUUUUUCUGGUGAUGGCGACUUGAGCGAUCGGUUCGAGCUCUUGACUCCUGAUGAGAGGGCGGAGAUGGAAGGGUUUGUGCAGAUGAAGUUGAAGGCUGAGGAGGAGGGUGGUCUACCUGAUUAUGACAAGGCUUUUUACCACACAAUUCAGCAUCAUUCAAGACCAAUGAGUACCAUGAGGUUGUUGAAUUUUUUGGUCAUGAGAGGCUACUUACCG